AUGAACGACGUGCUUCCAUCGUACGAGGCGGCAAACACCAGGGACUGUUGGCCCGUCGUCGCGCGGUAUAUACCGUCGGCGGAUCUCUGCUCAGCCGCCCUCGUCUGUCGCCAGUGGCACGCCAUCUUCACCCGCCAGCUCUGGGGCAACCCAGCCUCGCACUUCGGCGUCGAGAACGAUGUUGUCUACGUCGCCCUUGUCCGAUUCCGGCGGACGCUCGCUUGGGCACGGCUGAGCACCCGAGAGCUGACACACACGCUCCAUCUGCCACCCGCCCAUGCCGAGAUCUACGACGGCCCCCACGCCGAGUGGUUGCGCGACAUCCUCGAGUACCUGCCGCGACUCCAAUCGCUGAUCGUCUACCGCCUGCCGUUUUUCGACCACGGCGCCCUCAUCACCCUCCGCCGCCCAAGCAACCCGCGCCUCUCGUCGCUCUCCGACAGCCUUCGGCGGAUGACGUACGACUUCCCCUUGUUCUGGCUGCGCUACCUGGACGCCUCCGCCUGCACCAAUGCCACCUACACCGGCCUCGCCGAAGCCCUGCAGCACUUCCCCGCCCUGCUGUACCUCGACCUCUCCAAGACGAAGUCCGCAAAGGGUGCCGACGUGCUGUCCGUUCUGAAGCAUUGCCACAGCCUGAGGAUCUUGAAGCUGCGAUCCUUGGGGCUGAAGGAUGCCGAGCUCGAGGCGCUGGCCACCGCCGUGAAGACUAGACUCAAGAGCCUCGAUGUCCGCGACAAUCAGCUGACCGACAAGAGCGCCCGCAUUCUCCUGGAUAAUUGCUUCAGCUCGAGGCGUCCCGAUGGCUCCUCGUCAACUGAGAUGCGUUCGCCAGCGUCUCCGUCGUCUCCCAUGUGCCAUCCGUUUACCUUUGAUGACUAUGGCCACGAAGACUUUGACAGUGUUCUGCGAGCCAAGCUGGUUAGUGAGUUCGCGGGUAAUGCAUUCAUCAACGACGCCUAUUCCGAUGGCAUCACGCACUUGUACAUCUCGGAGAACAACAUUACCGUUGAAGGAGUCUCAGGGCUUCUGUACUCCAAGAGGCUAAAUGUGUUCGACGCAGGCACCGUCGCCAGCGGCCUGACGCGCAAGCCAAAACCGUCCUAUUUGCUAUCUUUCGAGGAGUCCGAAGACCAUGAAGAUUUCGCCAUGCCGGGCGCGGAGAAGCUCUCGCCCAUCAUCAAGAAGUUUGCAGCCGCACGGCUGACGUACUUGCGCAUCAAUCAUGCCGUAGUCACCGAGGAAACUGCGGUUGCCGAUCUCGCAGUCGGGAGAGUUGAGAUGGAAGGUGAUCUUGGAAUAUACACGCCGUCCUCAGCGCUCGAGCUCGAUGGAUCCAGCCAGAUACACGAGGCUCCCACACACGGCGCCGCAUUGCACGAGCUGCCAGGUAACCAGGCGCUGCCGGUCGAAUUGCCUGCUUCCGAGCCGCAAGUGUUCGAACUACCAGGCGACUUGCCCCCGACACCACCACUGAAGCCAGAGAUUGUCGUCGAUCCACCAGAAACAGAGACGCCCGAACCCACCAGCCACAGCGAGGCCGUCACGGAGCUCCUUCAAGGAACCGAGAAAAUGAGCUUGUCAGAAGGAGAGUCUACACCCGAGCCCGCAGGCACGCUCCGGGCGCGUCACAGCGAACACGAGACCAACCGCCGGCGAGCCUCAUCCCUCGCUCUCGAAGACCGCCGCGCGCGAUUGGAGUUCCGGCAGUCAAACGAGCAGCACCUCCACCCCGGCAUGCUGCCCGGGCUGGAGACGCUGGUCCUCACCGACGUGCCGCUCGAGACCGAGUCCCCCGCAGCCGUCGUGCGCCGGCUCGUCCAGUUCGUCAAGGACUGCGCCGAGGAGACGCACAUCGCCCGGCUGGCGGCGCGGGGCGCGUACGCCCUGCCCCCCGGGCGCGACCGCCAGCUCGCCGAGCGCGAGUACGCGCGCUCGCAGUUCGCGCUGCGCACGCUCGUGCUGGAGAUGGAGCCGCCGGGCGGCCGCCGUCGCCGCGACGCGCCGCCGCGCAAGCCCACCUCGGCCUGGCGCCAGUACCCGUCCAAGUCCUCGACCGAGGACCCGGACUCGGACGCGUUCUGGUCCGCCGCCGAGCGCGACUUCUCCUUCUUCGGCGACGAGGAGUGCGGCGUCCCGUCGCUGGACCCCGGCCGGUCGCUGCCGCUGGCCAGCAUGAGCGAGAAGAUUGUGCUGCCCGCGGCGGCGGCGGCGGCGCCAGUGCCCGUCCUGGCGCAGCACGAGGCGAGGCGGAGGGUCGAUGUAUGUGCUGAGUUGACUAGAUUUCGGAAGGAUCGGAAAGCGGCGUACUUGGCGGCGGUGGCGCGAGGAGAGAGCGAUCCGGAGGUCGAGGGGUAUUGGGAUGGCGAGAUCAAGGUCGUGCGGCCACCGGCGGCCGGGCAGGCGGCGAGGGGGGGCGAGGUCGACUGCUAUGGGAACUAUUUUGAGAACGGGUACAACUAUAGAUGA